UGGUCCAAAAAAAAAAAAAAAAGACAAAAAUGCCUUAAGUGUACUCUUUACAAACAUGUCCAAGUUUAAGCAACUUAAACCUAUCCAGAUAUGUCAUUAAAAAAACCUUUUUUAAUACGGAAAACAAGUAUCACGUGACCUACUCAGUGUUUCCACACACUGGAUUAACCUCAUUUUUGCACUUGCCUUGCCUUGCCCACAAUUCAUGAACAAUAGGCAUCCUCCACCUCAACAAAAGAGCUGCUGGGACGAGGGCAGGAACAAGAGGGGACGGCGCGGCCCUCAAACACCCGCCUGCGACUCACUUCAGCAGAGGUCUUUUGCCAAACUCGGCCGGACGACAACCCCGCGGUCCGUAAGGCUUGCUCACCUUAGCCUCAGUUUCCUUUCUCGGUGAGGCCCAGCCUUUCGGCCCAAAGUACCAAUUAAAACUACUGAAGGAAAAAAAAAAAAAAAGAAAGAAAAAAAACCGCAAAACGCCGAACAGACUCCUUGACUGGAAGAAUCUCGCGAGAACUUACGGAGCUCUGGCUGUUCCCGCGGAGACCUCGCGAGCGGACCUCCGGGGGCGGGCUGCCCCGUGGCCCCGCCCUUUCUGAGCGCGGGCGCGCCUUGGCGGGAAUUUCGCCUUUUUGGGAUUUAGACCACACGGGCUAGCUGGCUCUGGUCGGGACCGCCAAGGUGGAUCGUUGGGACUGAAAGUGUGAGCAGGAAUCUCAUCACAACUUCUUUGGAGCCCUUAAUGAUAAUCAUAAGGAACCCCAAACAUUUCAGGACAUGAAGUAAACAUGGAUAACUGUCCCGCUGCGUCGACGUUCCUGACCGACAGCUUGGAGCUGGAGCUGGAGACAGAAUGGUGCAAACCCCCUUGCUUUUCUUGUGAUUUUGACAACAGGGGAGGAGGAAAACAUUUUUCUGGAGAGUCCUACCUUUCCAGCGGAGCUCUUAAGCGACUGAUUUUGAAUCUUGAUCCUUUACCAACUAAUUUUGAAGAGGAUACAGUGGAAAUAUUUGGCAUUCAAUGGGUUACUGAAACAGCAUUAGUGAAUUCAUCUAGAGUUCUCUUUCAUCUCUUGAGGCAACAGCUCUACAACUUGGAAACCUUAUUACAGGCCAACUGUGAUUUUGGGAAGAUAUCAACCCUACAUUGCAAAGCAGCCAAUAUUAGGCAGCAGUGCAUAACAUUUCUUCAUUAUGUUAAAGUCUUCAUUUUCAGGUCCCUGCAAGUACAAAAUGCUGAAAGUCAUGUUCCUGUCCAUCCCUACCAGACUUUGGAGGCACAGCUUCCCUCAGUGUUGAUUGAUGAGCUUCAUGGAUUACUCUUGUAUAUAGGACACCUAUCAGAACUUCCCAUUAUUAAUACAGGAGCAUUUGUAAAUCAAAACCAGACUAAGCUUUUCCCACCAUCAUGGCAUUUGUUACAUCUCCACUUAGAUAUCCAUUGGCUAGUGCUGGAAAUUCUUCACAUGCUUGGUGAAAAAUUGAAGAUAACUACUGGCAACGGCUUGGUCCAUUUAUCCAUCCAUCCAUACUUACUAUCUAUUAGUAUACAUAUAUGGAAACUCAUAGAACAAGUUAUAUAUAGUCAUCAGUUUAUGAAUCUGGCAGGUGACAAUUUAACCAAUGUCAGCCUAUUUGAAGAACAUUGUGAAAAUCUUCUUUGUGAUUUAAUAAGCCUGUCCCUCAACAGGUAUGAUAAGGUUAGGCCUUCUGAAGCAUUAAUGAGUCACCAUUGCCCCUGUCCAUGCAUUAAAGAAUUAUGGGUUCUACUCAUUCAUCUCCUCAACCACAGGAGUAAAUGGUCUCUCUCAGAAUCAUUUUGGAACUGGUUGAAUAAACUACUUAAAACGCUCUUUGAAAAAUCAAAUGACCGAAGAAGACCUUCUGUGCCUGUAAUCCAGCCCAGGGAUCCAUUGGGUUUUAGUUGGUGGAUGAUUGCUCAUGUAGCAUCAUUUUAUCAGUUUGAUCGCCAUGGAAUACCGGAUGAAAUGAGACAAAUGGAAUCAAACUGGAACUUUGUAGAAGAACUGCUGAAAAAGUCCAUCAAUGUUCAGGAUGGUAUACUAGAAGAGCAGUUACGAAUGUAUCUUCACUGUUGUUUGACCCUUUGUGAUUUCUGGGAGCCAAACAUUGCAGUUGUCACCAUUCUGUGGGAAUAUUACAGUAAGAACCUGAAUAGUUCUUUCAGUAUUUCUAGGCUUCCUUUGAAAGGCCUUACAUAUGUCAUUAAGUCACCCUUGUCUAUGCUAGAAAUGGUGAAGACCUGCUGUUGUGAUAAACAAGAUCAUGACCUGUAUAAAUCCAGCAGUAGUUACACUUUUUUCCUUUGCAUUUUGGCAAAAGUUGUUAAGAAAGCAAUGAAGAACAAUGGCCCUCAUCCUUGGAAACAAGUCAAAGGAAGGAUAUAUUCUAAAUUCCAUCAAAAAAGAAUGGAAGAACUAACUGAAGUUGGUCUGCAAAACUUUUUCAGCCUUUUUCUACUGUUAGCAUGUGUGGCAGAGGUGGAAGAUGUAGCAAGUCAUGUUUUAGGCCUCCUAAAUUUCCUCAAGCCUGCCUUUAUAACAUCUCCUCUCAUUUGGAAGGGUCAGAUGGCCUUCCUCUUGAUGUACACCCAGAAAAACCUGGACAUCAGUGUUUUGGCUGAGAUAUUUUCAGGUGCUUUCCGGGAGAAAGCAAAGGAGUUCUUGGUAUCUAAGAAUGAUGAAAUGGGACAAAGACAGACUCUCUGGUCACUUCUUUCCAUAUAUAUUGAUGGUGUUCAAGAAGUGUUUGAGACUAGCCAUUGCUUGCAUCCUUCCCAUGAAAAACUGCUUAAUGAUGGCUUUAGUAUGCUUCUACGAGCUUGUCAAGAAUCUGAACUUAGGACAGUGUUGAGCUUUCUACAAGCUGUUCUGGCCAGAAUCAGGAGUAUGCAUCAACAAUUGUGUCAGGAACUUCAGGGGGAGAAUGUGGACCUCAUUGUGCAGUCUUCAUUAUCGGCUAAAGAGCGCCACCUUGCUGCAGUUGCCAGUGCACUAUGGAGGCAUUUCUUUUCAUUUUUGAAGAGUCAGAGAAUGUCACAGAUAGUGCCUCCCUCACAACUCGCAGAUGCAGCUGCAGAUUUUACUUUGCUGGCAAUGGACUUGCCCAGCACAGCUCCAUCAGAUCUUCAGCCUCAGCCAGUUACAUCAAUGAUACAACUUUUUGGUUGGGAUGAUAUCGUCUGGCCCCAAGUUGUAGCCAGAUAUUUAAGUCAUUUCCUACAAAAUAGCAUGUUAUGUGAAGCGCUUUCUCAUUCAGGCUGUGUAUCUUUUCAAGCCCUAACUAUAAGAUCAUGGAUCCGUUGCAUUUUGCAAAUGUAUAUAAAAAACCUUUAUGUGCCAGAUGACUCGUUCAUUGAUUUAAAUACUGAACAGGCAGUUGAAAAAGACUACAUGGAACAGUUGGCUGAACUGACAAGGUUGCUAUUUAAACUCUCAGAAGUAAAGAAUAUUCUCUCAAAGGCUCAAGUUGAAUAUUUACCUAUGCAAGAAGGCCCUAAAAAAGCACUUGUUCUGUUCCUCGAGGCUGUUGGUAUAACUUACGGGAAUCUGCCGACACUUUCUGAUAAAUCUGCCAUGGUCACAAAGUCCUUAGAAUACCUUGGUGAAAUAUUAAAAUAUAUAAAACCUUAUCUGGGAAAAAAAAUUUCCAGUGCAGGUCUGCAGCUGACUUAUACGAUAAUGGGAACUCUUGUGAAAUCAUGGGCACAGAUCUUUGCCACCUCUAAAGCCCAAAAAUUACUAUUCAGGAUCAUAGACUGUUUACUGCUGCCACAUACAGUAUUACAGCAAGAGAAGGAGCUGCCUGCACCUAUGUUGACUGCAAUUCAGAAGAGUCUUCCUUUGUAUCUCCAGGGCAUGUGUAUCGUGUGUUGUCAGUCUCAAAAUCCAAAUGCCUAUUUGACUCAGUUACUAGGGAAUGUUAUUGAGCAGUAUAUCGGGCGGUUUCUUCCAGCUUCACCACAUGUUUUAGGUCUUGGACAACAUCCUGUUUUGUUGGCAUUGAGAAACUCAGCCACUGUUCCACCGAUGUCAUCUCUAAAGAAAUGCAUUGUACAAGUCAUAAGGAAAUCCUACUUUGAGUUUAAAGGAUCCUUGCUCCCUCCUCGCUUAGCAUCCAUUCUGGCCUUCAUCCUCCAACUUGUUAAGGAAACUAACAUUGAUGUUUCCGAGGUUGAACUGCUCCUCCCAGGAGUAUUAAAAUGCUUGGUGUUGGUCAGUGAACCUCAAGUUAAAAGGCUGGCCACCGAGAACCUGCAAUACAUGGUCAAAGCCUGCCAAGUGGGGUCAGGAGGAGAACCUGCCGCCCAGCUGACUUCUGUGUUUAGGAAAUUUAUCGAGGAUUAUGGUAUGAGAUAUGAUUAUCAGAUUUACAGCAUUUUAGAAACAGUAGCAGCAUUGGACCAACAGGUUGUUAUCCACUUGAUUUCAACCCUUACUCAAUCUCUGAAGAGUUCAGAGCAGAAAUGGGGCCUUGGCAGAAAUAUUGCACAAAGGGAAGCCUAUAGCAAACUUUUAUCUCACCUAGGACAAGUGGGACAAGAUGAGAUACAGAGACUACAAGAUGAUAAUAUUAAAUCUAUUUUGUGAUUCAUCCUCAAUAUUAAUUAUAACUAUCUAAAGUCACUUUGCACCAUUCUGACUCCUACUUUUAAUUAAUUGUAUAAUGUUCUGUUAAAAAUACUUUCUAGCAUUUUUUUCCUUUCAUACCUGUAAGUAUAAGGUAUAUAAAUAAGGAAAUAAAAGUUAAUUAAAUAUGUUAUAGGAGCUUUCGAACUUGGUAAAACUGCAUUCUAUUUUGAAGAGGUUUUAGUGAAACUAAAGAAACUUUUCCUAACUGGGAGUGUUAUGUGUGUAUGUCUAAACAGGUUUGUACUGGUUGAUCCAUGGCCAUUUUACUGUAAUGUGACUUUCUGCCUUGUGAGUAAUUUAUUUCUGUUUUGUUUUUGUUUUCUUAUGAGUUAUAUUUUAUUAUGAUACUAUUUCAAAUUACCUGGCUGCCCUAUGCUGGGUUUUUUUUGGAGGGGUGGUCAGGAGAUAGAACAGUAUAUUUGUUAUCCUUUUUUAUACUAUGCGUGAGGCAAGUUAAUAAAAUCCUUACAAAGCACACUUAACUCUAUGAGGAAUGAGACUGAAUCUGGCUAAAUGAUUAUACAGAUAAUAUGUAUUUUUUUUUUAACUUGGGCCAACAGUGUUUAUAUCAAUACUUGGGUUCCAACGGUUGCCAGAUGUUUUCCUCUACUCAUCCUUUCGUUUGGAGUUGUCAUUAAAAGACAGAUCAGGAGGAGGAUAAACAAAAGCCUUUAAGAAAAGAGAAUAAAUAAUAUUCUAGAAAUUUUUAAGUUUACAAAAUUAACAGAAGAGGUCUGAGAAGUCAGCUGAUUUAUCUCCUUGCUCUUCAAUUAGAGCCUUUUAUAAGCUAGCAUCUUACAUGUUUGAAGGGAGCCAGUUUAGUUUCCUGUAGCAGCUCAUCGCUCAACCCUUUAACUAUUUCAUUCAGAUUCAUUCCACCAGUUGGGCUUUUGUCCUUGACUCCUUUUUCUAAUGAGCAUUAUUUGGUAAAAAGAGCUCCAAUCUUAGUGUUGGGAACCCACCUGGGUCUCAAACCCAGCUCUGCUUUGUGACCUUGAGCAAGUUCUUAACCUUUCUGAGCCUCAGUUUCUUCAUGGAGAAAAGUGAAUAAUAACCCUUUUUUAAAUUUCACAAUGUUCUGGUAGGAAUCAGUGGGAUAAUUGCUUUAUAAUUAUAAUCAUAUAAUUUAAAUGUAUGUGAAAGUAUUUGUUGACCUAUGUUCUGUUUGGUGGUGUACAGACAUGAUCACUCUAUCUCAUGCACAAAGGUGAAGAACACUUCCUAAUUUUGUUCCUCUUUCUCUAAUGGUACGUCCUAGAUGAAGAUCGCACUUCUUUUCAAUGUUUCCUUACAUGUCAUGUUUGCUAAGUUUGAAAUAAUUUAUUGUUUUUUUUCUUGAGUAUCUAGUGUUUAUCAUGGUUCUACUAUUCCUUCAGGAAAACAUUUCAACCCUUUCUGACUCAAGAAGUAUCUUUUAAAAUGAAAUGCAUUGCAGUCGGGAAACUGUAGAUAAUAGCCCUUUCCUAAUUGUAAUCUGUGAAGUCUAAAGGACUUCAUGACAUAUAAAUGGUUUAUUUUCCCCCAAAAUAAACUGUUUUUAAUUCAACAAAUGGGAUGAAUGAAAGCCUCUUUAAGGUUACUAAGACUUCAUAGCAAUGAGUUUCUUUUCAUUACGAUAGUGACUUAUUAAAUAAAUGAUGCAUUAUUUUGCAAGUUGUAGCAAUUGAAAUUUAAACUAUUUAAUGGGAUGCCUUUAAAGAGUUUAUGUGUGUGUGUGUGUAUAUAUAUAUGUGUGUAUAUAUUUUUUUUUUCACCCCCAAGGGAAAUUGAUAAAGAUAUCUUGGAGAAUCUUGCUCCUUAGCUUAUGAAACUUUUUAAGGGUUAAGAAAAUCUGCUGCUGAAUCAUGCAUUAGGGUGUAUAGCUGUAGAUACUAAGAAUAACUAAAGUUUAUACAUAAAAAAAUCAGUAACAAGAAAAAGUCUGUAACAAUACCUGUGUAUGUAUAUAUAUAUGUAUUUUUAAAUUUAUGUAUCAGUAAAGUUUUAAAGAAGCUGUUUCAUUGAAGAAAAAAAGAAUAUGUAUGACUCUGUUCCAUUUCUUAAGAAUCUUCACUGACCCGUAAAUUAUUACUAUAGUCUUGUCUUUUUCCAUUUCCAGACUAAAGAGUACCUAUACUUGCUUCGUUAAUGUUCCUUUUCCCCUAAAAACCCUGUAAUCCCUGAGGCGGCUGCUUCUACCAUUGUAAGGUAGGCCAUUCUCUUUGGGCCAAAUCUGGAAUGUGUUUUCAUUUUUCUUGGUCUUUGGGGCCUCUGUGACAUUGCAUUUUCUUUUAUCUUCUGAUCCCUUCCUCAGCAGUAUCGCUCCUUCCUACAUACACGUUCUUCUUUCUUGUCCCUACUGGUAAGAUCUAGCCCUUCACCUGCUCUGUCUCAACAUUCUUGUAGUAGUGAACUGAUAAAACUAGCUUAUAAUUUUUUUCUAUCUGUAGUGCUAAUUUUUCUCUAAACCUGUCUAGUUGGAUUCUCCUGAAAUCUCAAGGCAACAUGUCAAGCUGCCCUUAUCAUCUUCGUUUCCAGUCUAGCUCAUGCCUUCAUUUUCUACCCAGAGAAUACACCACUUUCCCAAGUCACUUAGCCGUGACAUUUCUUGGAUUCAUUGCUCCCCACUUUUCAUUUGAUCACCUUAUAGGCUCUUGUGAUUUUUUUCUUCUUGCCAUUUCAUGCAUCCAAACAUUUUUCUAUUGGGUACUAUAAUCUCCUUCUUAUCUCUGGACUCCUGAAAUUUAUUCUUCACAUAGUUUUGACAUUAGUGUUCCUAAAAUACUUCUUUCUUCUUCUUACUUUUCUGCUCAAGGACCUCCAUUUACUUCCCAUUGUUAAUAAGCUGACAUUCAAGCCCUUCAGUCAGGAGGCUUCUGCCAUCUGACGCUAUACCUUCUGUUUCCAAACUUACCUCAAGCAGGAAAGCAGACUGUCUUAGCUGCUUUCUCUGAAUGACAUGUUCAUUCUACGCUGUGGGCCUCACUCAGUUUGCCAAUUAGAAUACCAUCAUUUCUAUAGAAACCUAACCUUAAGGCACUUAAAUAGGAAGAAAAUUAAAAUAUACAUGUUGGAUAUGUAAUUAUUCCACUCAAAUAAUUUCUUUAAAAUAUCAGAUGGAGUGUAGAAGAGAUGAUUGAAAGACAACAGGGUGAUGAAAGGACUUUAUUAGACACAGAUUUGGUUACGAUUUAAAUUUCAGUUGAACAUUUAAUUAGGUUUCCAUAGGGGACGAAAAAAACAUGGAGUAUUGUCGCUGCACAAAAAUCGUUUAGUACUUUGUUCAUUUGUAUUAGAAGAGUUUCAAAGUUUAAAACUUUUUAUAUCUUUACUUAUCCCUAGCAUAUUUUUCUUUUCUUACUAAGCAUAUUUGACUUUUUCUAUUUUGGGGGGUAAGUAAAAUAUUAUUUGUGAGUUGUUAGACUAUGUGUGUGUUUUCAUUAUGCAUUGUUAUUUUUAUCUUCUUCCAUGCUUCAUCAUAAAUUUUUAAACCUACUUUGUUCUUAACCAAUUACAUGAGCCCAUUUCCAUGUACUUUCACAGAAUCUUUGGCAGUUUUUAUUUUUACUUCCCCUUUGUUAGGAUUAUAUAUCAUAUAAAAAUUUGAUGAGCCUUUGCAGUUGGGAAAAGCCUUUAGGAAACGUACCUUCCCUAAUCCUACACAGUAACAUAGCACUUGUGUUUCAAAGAUAAAAGAUAGGUAUCAUAGAAACCUCACCGAAAACUGUGUUCUCUGUACUAAACCACUGCUUUUUGACUGAUAGACUUUUUACAUAAACCUUACAUUUUCCAAAAACUGAUCUCCUGCCUACUCCUCCUAGGGUUAAAAAUAUUGCCUUGUCAGUCAAGUAUAGAGUAUGCUAGUAUAAAUAACGUGCUUUGUUUGCUUAAAACAGUUGGUUUGGGAAGCUAGCAAAAUAGCAUAUUCUUUCACAUAUUUAAUAAGAUAUGAGAUUUAUAUUUUGAUUCUGUGAUAAACUAUGUUUGGUAAGAUUACCAAAAUCAGUACCAAAUGAACUUACCAACUUCUGCUUACUGAAGUUUUUGGUGUGCUGAUAGUUAUCCAGUUCAUUGCAUUUGUGGAUUGUGCUUUUAGAAAAAUUCUGGGCAUAUGCAUGCUUUAAGUUAUUUGUGUAUAUAGUAAUGAGAUAUAAUAAAAAAUGUAUAUAUUCAACUUA